AUGUCGAUUACCUGCCCCUCUUGUGGGAGUUCGAACCCCACCGACUUCGAUGAUUCCACCGGGAGACUUGUCUGCACGAAUUGUGGCCACGUCGUUAACGACUCCUUUAUCGUUUCCGAAAUUUCUUUUGGGGAGACUAGCAGUGGAGCUGCCAGAGUUCAGGGGAGUUAUGUUGCCGAAGGGCAGACUCAUGCUGGUGGGGGUGGGGGAAGGUUUAGGAGUGGGAAUAGUCUUGAGAGUCGGGAACAGAUAAUUCAAAAUGGACGUCGCAAAAUUGUUGAACUCGCUGGUGCUGUCAAUUGUCCCGAACAUUUUGCGGAUCACGCCCAACGAUGGUUCACCCUAUCAGUCACGCACAACUUUAAUAGAGGUCGUAAAACACAAUUUGUUAUCGCCUGUUGCCUGUACAUUGUCUGCCGUCUCGAAAAGAGCUCCCACAUGCUCAUUGACUUCUCGGACAUACUCAAUGUCAAUGUCUUCUCACUCGGCCACACCUAUCUUCAACUCGUUCAAAUCCUCGAGGUCCGAUUACCACACAUAGAUCCUACGGUCUACGUCUACCGUUUCGCAAAGCACCUCGACUUCGGUAGCGAACAGACCAAGGUCGCUAACGAUGCCCUUCGUAUCAUCCAGCGUAUGUCACGCGAUUGGAUGGUUCAAGGCCGUCGACCGUCGGGUAUUUGCGGCGCUGCAUUGAUCCUCGCAGCCCGCAUGAACAAUUUCCGCCGUUCUGUUAGAGAGGUAGUUUACGUUGUUAAAGUAGCAGACUUGACUAUCCAGAAGCGGCUGGACGAAUUCAAAGAUACCAAGAGCGGAGACUUGACAGUUGAGGAAUUCAGGAAUAUAUGGCUUGAGCAAGCGCACGACCCACCCAGCUACGGACCGAAAGCCUCGAAGAAACACAAGAGGGUAAGGGACGUUAACGAUGAUGGAGAAGUUGUCGAGGAUCCCCAGGAUAUCACUAUUGUCACUACUCCCGUGGCUCCAACCCCCCCCCCCAGCACUCUUCCUAGCGCUCCUCCUAGCGCCGCCGCAACACCAGUUAUGCUCCUCGAUAGACCCCUCAGACUGGACGCAGACGGCUUCGUAAUCCCAGAGCUCCCCAUCCCCUCACCACUCCCCACAUCUUCGCUCCCCGGAACACCAAUCGAUACCACAGACCCCGCCAUGCCGCAAGGAACCGGAAAGGCCCAAGAAGACCAACACUCUGCCAUCGCCGAGGAAGUGAUCGAAUCCGAGAUCGCCUCCCUACUAGAUGGCUCCGCAGCAGUGAUCAUGGAAGAGCUCCGAGAGGCCGACCGUCAAGCGCGCGAGGAACGCGCCGCCUCCACCAUAUCAGAUGACCCAGACAACCUCGACGACGUCGACGACGACUUUGAAGUCCAGAAUGCCCUACUCACCGAAGAGGAGCGCAAUCUGAAGGAGAAGAUCUGGGUGGAGUUUAACAAGGAUUAUUUGCUGAAACGCCUAAAGAAGGAAACGGACCUCCGCAACGGCAUCAUCAAAACUGCUAGAAAGCGCAAGAGGAAUAAACCCCGCGACAGCAACAGCGAGGAUAUGGCCGCUACACCUGCCGAUAGUGCGAAGAAUAUGCUCAUGCGCAGGAGUUAUUCCAAGAAGAUUAAUUAUAAAGCUAUCGAGGGGCUUUUCGAAGAUGAUUAA